AUAUAUAUUUAGCUUUCAAACUUUCUAAAAAUAUUAGAAAAGUAUUGUUGAUUUCAUGCAUGCAUGGAUGUAAUGUAAUUACACAUAUUUUGGGACUUUUUUUGCGGUGUUUGGAAAUCCCGAGACAUUGACGAAGAAGAAGAAAAAGGGAGAAAAGAUUGAGAGAUCUCUCCCCAACUUGAAGUCAAAGAAUGAUGGAGACAAGUCUUUAGUCAUUCUUAUUCUCUUUUUGCCUUCUCUCCUUUUUAGGAAAAAUCUUUAUUUAUCCCCAAGACUUUCCCCUCCAACCCUCCCUUGGCUUCAACCUCUCUCUCUCUCUCUCUCUCACUCUCUCUCUUAAAACCCUCUUCAUACAUUUACUGGAAAAUGGACUGUACUUAAUAUUUUCAACCAGAUCUUCUUCCCCUCUCUUCCAUGUUAUUAUACUAUUCAUCGAUCACUGUGAAGUAAAACACUCUCUCUCUUCUCUCUCUUCUCUCUCUCUAACCCCUUCUUCGUUUUUGCUUCUCUUUUCUUCACGAGAUCCAACUUCACAAACCCACUUGUAAAAGGAGGAGGAAGUUGAAGAUGGCAUCGAGCUCGUCGAAUUCGCCGUGCGCAGCCUGCAAAUUUCUCCGGCGAAAAUGUCAACCGGAAUGCGUUUUCGCACCGUACUUUCCGCCGGACCAGCCGCAGAAAUUCGCGAAUGUUCACAAGGUGUUCGGCGCCAGCAAUGUGACGAAACUCCUCAACGAAUUGCAUCCUCACCAGAGAGAAGACGCCGUCAAUUCCCUCGCCUACGAAGCCGAUAUGCGCCUCCGUGAUCCCGUCUACGGCUGCGUCGGCGUAAUCUCCCUCCUCCAGCACCAGCUCUGUAAACUCCAAAUGGACCUCACCUGCGCUAAAUCGGAACUCUCCAAAUACCAAAACCUAGGCAUCGGGAACCACGCCGCCCUCAUAUCUCCGCCUUCCGCCGCCGUCGCCACCGCUCACGGCCCGCGCAGCAACCAGCCGGCCUUCAAUUUUGUUAGGGAUCAACCACAUAGCCUCUAUCACGAUCAAAUUUUCCCACGAGAUCAACAACAACAGAUGAUGAUCCGAAGUGGCUUCGACGGCGGCAGCAACUACGACGCCGGAUUAUUGGCCGUCAACGUCACCCCCAGCAUCGCCAACCUCGGCCACCAGUUCCAGCAACCUCGAGCCGCCGCCGGAGUCGAUCGCCGCGGUACUCUCGAUCAUUCUUAGGGUUUUUUUUUUCUCUCUCUCUCCCUCUCUCCUUCUGAAAAAUCAUAAAACUGUUGCAGAGAAAUCAAAUAUAGGUAAUUUUCCUGCUAA